AUGGCAAGGGCCACUGUUACAGCUCAUCACGAGAGAUCCGUGAAGAACAUAAUAAGAGGUUUCUCAAUACCAGUCGGUUUGCCCUGGCAUUUGGUAGAUGAGGUAUACAUUCCAGUAAACUGCGAUAAGGAUUUUCAUUGGGUUCUUGCGGUAGUUGUGUUGAAAGAGAGGUUGAUACGUGUGUAUGAUUCAUCACCUAGACGAAGAAGUAGCAACCCUUCCCUAGAGAUCCAAAAGAUAGCAGCAAUGCUACCAACAUACCUGCAAGACAGUGGUUUCUUUGACAACAACGAACGUACUGAUUGGUCGUCUCUUGAUUCAUACAAAGACAAAUCAACCGGUAACAUGCUUGAACCACAUCACCCAUUUGCAGUUGAGUAUGUUGAAGGAAUUGCGCAACAGAGAAGUGACAGCUUGGAUUGUGGAGUUUUCCUGACCAUUUUUGCUGAAUAUCUUAGUGAUGGAAUUUCUAUUCCAAAUACAGGACUAAACGCUGAAUUCUUCCGUUCAAGAUAUGCCGCACUCUUAUGGAGAUAUGGUUGUCAGAAGGCCAUGGAUGGUUAUGUUAGCGAUAACGACGAUCCAAAAAAACCUAGGAGAGACAUCUCUCCAAGCCAAGGAGAACUGAUUGAUGUUCAAUAG